AUGCCGCCAUGGCCCUUUGGGGAAAUGUGUGCAUUGUGUCCCACUAGAGCCAUUCGAUGAAGACUACCUGAACCAUCUCGAGCCUCCGGUGAAGCACAUGUCCUUCCACGCCUACAUCCGGAAGCUGACCGGAGGGGCUGACAAGGGAAAAUUUGUUGCCUUGGAGAACAUCAGUUGCAAGAUUAAAUCAGGGUGCGAGGGACACCUUCCGUGGCCUAAUGGCAUCUGUACUAAGUGCCAGCCAAGUGCCAUCACGCUGAACAGACAGAAGUACAGGCAUGUGGACAACAUCAUGUUUGAGAAUCACACUGUAGCUGACCGCUUCCUUGACUUCUGGAGAAAGACAGGAAACCAGCAUUUUGGGUACUUAUAUGGUCGGUACACGGAGCACAAAGACAUCCCCCUUGGCAUCAGAGCAGAAGUGGCUGCGAUUUAUGAACCGCCUCAGAUUGGCACACAGAACAGCCUGGAGCUUCUUGAAGAUCCCAAAGCUGAAGUGGUCGAUGAAAUUGCUGCCAAACUUGGCCUGAGGAAGGUUGGCUGGAUAUUUACAGACCUCGUCUCAGAAGAUACCCGAAAGGGUACAGUCCGAUACAGUCGAAAUAAGGACACGUACUUCCUGAGUUCAGAAGAGUGCAUCACUGCGGGGGACUUCCAGAACAAGCACCCCAACAUUUGCCGGCUCUCUCCGGAUGGGCAUUUUGGAUCCAAGUUCGUUACUGCAGUGGCUACAGGUGGUCCCGACAACCAGGUCCACUUUGAAGGGUAUCAGGUGUCCAAUCAGUGCAUGGCGCUGGUACGCGAUGAGUGUUUGCUGCCGUGCAAGGACGCCCCUGAGCUCGGCUACGCCAAGGAGUCCAGCAGUGAGCAGUAUGUGCCUGAUGUAUUUUAUAAGGACAUAGACAAGUUUGGCAACGAGAUCACCCAGCUGGCCCGGCCCCUGCCUGUGGAGUAUCUGAUCAUAGACAUCACAACAACUUUCCCCAAGGAUCCAGUUUAUACUUUUUCUAUUUCACAAAAUCCAUUUCCUAUUGAAAACCGGGACGUGCUGGGUGAGACACAGGAUUUCCAUAGUUUGGCCACCUAUUUAUCCCAGAAUACCUCGUCUGUGUUCUUGGAUACCAUCUCAGAUUUUCACCUCCUGCUGUUUCUGGUCACCAAUGAAGUUAUGCCUCUGCAGGACAGCAUCAGCUUGCUGCUGGAGGCUGUGAGGACCGGAAACGAGGAGCUCGCCCAGACGUGGAAGAGAUCCGAGCAGUGGGCCACCAUCGAGCAGCUCUGCAGCACAGUCGGUGUGCAACUCCCCGGCCUCCAUGAGUAUGGCGCCGUUGGGGGCUCUGCGCAUGUGGCCACUGCUGCCAUGUGGGCCUGUCAGCACUGCACCUUCAUGAACCAGCCGGGCACAGGCCACUGUGAGAUGUGCAGCCUCCCCAGGACCUAGGGCUCCAGCCCUCGCUGGGUGGGACUGGGCUCAGCCCAGCCCUCUCUGAAGCCGGGAGCACUGUGCAACGUGUUCCCAGUAACGGCCCACGGUGGGCAGCCCUGAGGGGCAGGGGGCUGGCUACCCUGGGGUCUCCGACCCACUGAAGCUUCUCAGCACGUUUUUCCCUGGAGAGGGAGCCACAGCUGGUGUUCUGCAGGCCGAAUGAAAUCUCCAAACUGGAAACGCAGAGUGGCCCCCACCCAAGAACACACCGCACGCCUAACCCGGUUGACAAGAGCCCGCCAUGGUGGAAGGACCACGCACGUCUGAGUCAUCACUUGGAGUUGGGGGCACAGGGGUUGCUGCUGCCAUCCAGCUUUCUUUCUCCUUCCUUUUUGAUGCUUUUCGUUCUUGUCCCCACUCCGCAUUUGUUUGGUUGGGAGCUCCUGGUACCUCUGUGUCCUGUUGCUCUGGGGCAGAGGCCCUGCCUGCAAGGCCACUUUUCCUCUCCAACAGCCAUUGCCUGGGAACACGCGGGUGACACCUGCUCGACCUGUGGGCUGCAGGUUACUCCGCUGUCUGCCCUUCUCCUCCACCCGACAUCCAGGUGGGAUUUGAAGUCUGCGUUGGUUAUAAUAACAGUUAUCAGUAAUUCCUGCCCGGAAGACUUUUAUUUAUUUAUUUUUUAAGAUAAAAACUGCACAAAAGGGGAGUGAGAGAGACUAGUUUCCGCUUCCUUCCCUCCUUUAGUGAAGCCCUUGAGGGUGUGUUCAGGGCGGGUGUGUGGACAGGGGUACCACAGUCAGUUCUCCUGUGAAGUAAACCUCAGUGCCUGAGACUUUUCUACCAAGCCACAGCUGUGACAGCUGUAGACACUGCAGGCUGAGCAGGGGCAACAUGGCUCCCGCCUAGCGGGCAGCCCCUCCACAUGGCCUGGGUGUGGGGAGAGCUGGAUUGCCUGGGACCAGGUGCUUUGGUCCCUUCCCGCCUCGAGUUCCUCUGUCCCACUGCCACGCCUGGCUGCGGCCUUCUGGCACAGUAGUGCGGCCACCAAGACAGGCCUGGGUGAGGCCAUUAGGGGCUUGGCCUCUUGUGAGGGCCACUUGGGACCUCUGCAGGGCACUGGGCAGUUGAUAUUGUACUGGCAGUGUGAGAACCAGGCAGUCCAGAGCAUGGUUGUGGUGGGAUCUUGCAUGUGUACCUGUGGCAUCUGAGUCUCCUUGGUGGAGGGCUGCUGCAUGGCCCUCCCUUCCCCCAGGGGAGCUGUGGGCAUCUCCACGCCUCUUUGCCUUAACGACAGCCGUAUUGGAGUUGCCCUCCACCUGUGAGCAAGGGUGGCCCAGCCACAGACUGUGCUUGGAGACUUCUGUCUCCACCCUGGGAGGGGCAAGCCUGGGUGACGGAGCCAUGGCUAGCACCUCCAGGUCCACCUGGCACAGGACACCAAAUGGAAGGCCCAGGCAGUUUGUCUGCUUUUGGGACCAAGGGCCAAUA